AUGGGCGAGGGCGCGAACAAGGGCGAGAAGAAUGGCGAGGCCGAGGGUGAGGAGGAGGGCAAGAAUAAUGGCGCGGCCAAGGGCAUGGGCAAGGACGAAGGCGAGGGCGAGGGCGAAGGAGAGGGCGAAGGCGAGGGCGAAGGCGAGGGCGAAGGUGACGGCGACUGGUAUGGGGAAGAGGGCGACAACGAGGGCGAAUACGAGGAUGAUGGCGAAGAGGAGUGGGAGGGCGGGAGGGUGGGUACGAGGAGGGCCACCGUGGUGGGUAUGGGGAGGGUGAGGGCGGUGGAGAGGGUGAGGGCGAAGGGGAGGGCGGACGCGAGGGCGAAGAGGAGGCCGAGGGAGCUGAGCGUGGUGAACGGCACGGGGUUGCGGUUGGCAGCAGGAAGUUUGGAGCACCAGUUGACGCUGCUCAUCAAGCUCCGCAGUUUCGCGCCGCUGGAAACCGCGGAUUCGUCUGCCACUGCUCUUAGGAGGUUGGCGGACAUGGAGAGGCGUGCUGAGAAGGAUCUCACGGAUGCUGUGCAUGAGUUCGCGGCUGGCAUCACUGGAGGUCGUUCUGCUGGUGCAGGCGCUGGCGGGACACUGGUCGUGCCGCUUAUCGGGGGAGCGGACGGCACAGAUCCUGACGAGACCGAGGCCACGAAGGCAACCCUGGCGUUCAUGGCAAGACUCAAGGGUGGGAAGGGGACUGCAAAGGUUCCCACGAAGGAUAAGGGCCCCGCGAAGGAUAAGGAAGCCGCGAAGGAAAAGGGACCCGCGAAGGAAAAGGGAUCCGCGAAGGAAAAGGGAGCCGCGAAGGACAAGGAGCUCGGAGUCGGCAUUCGGGUGAACGCGAAAGGAACGGCGUGGACGCUGGAAUUGCACUACCAGAACUUGCGCUGGUAUUUUGGCAGUUUCAACGCACUGGCAAAGGCGCGAUAUACUGCCGCGGUUUUACAGACCGUGUGGCACAAGAAGGUUCCGAGCGACAAGAUGGUCUUGUCGGAGGCGGAAGAGGAGAAAUGGACCGCGGAUCUGGAUGUUGCGCGUCUUUUGCAUCCGGGUGUUCGCGGUAAUUUCCCGUUCGAUGCCUCUGUCCACUGCAGGAUGCGAAGCAUCUUUUCGCGUUUCAGGGAAGCAGCGGAUGGACUGGACGACCUGAUUGACGAGGUCAAGGCCUCAAUUGCGCUGGGCCUCGAGGUGGAAGCGGACGAGCAUUACGCGAAAUUGAAGUUUCCAGAGGGUGCUCUUGCCGGUUCCGUGGCGUUUACGGUCACGUUCCUGUGGCUAGUCUCCAAAGGACAUGAUCGCGGAUUCGCUGACACGGAAGCGAAACGCGCUGCAGAGAAGGCUGGAGCACCGGCCCUGAGCGUGGAGCUAAUCUUGGCAGCGUGGCUGAACAUUAUCGUGGCUCUGAAGUCAAGCGACGAUGCGGACGACGUGGAGAAGCAGGUGGUGGCCGCUUUCAAGGGUGCGAAGAACAAGAGUUUGGAGCCCCUCGUGCACGAGAUGGUCGACGUAGUGAGCACGUGGUGUUACGAUCCCGAGGCAGCAGCGAAGUUGAGGGGUGUCGGCCUGUUUUUGGAGUGCAACGAUGAUCGCGCCAAAGCAAGGAGCCAGCCCAGCUCGCGUUGGUGUGCGAAGAAGCCGUCCCAGCCAUCUCCGCCAUCCCCAGAAAAUGCCCACGAAGUUGAGGAGAUUUCCGAUGAUGACGAGUAA